CAUUUGGCAGUAUUCUGCAGAACUGCUUGAUGUGUGGAAAUCCUCCCACCCUCCCUAUCCCUGACCUUGCAUUUGGUGAUCAGAAGCGGCAGUAGCAUUCAGAGUAUAGUGUACAAUGUAAAUGAAAACAGUAGGCAGAGAGGGAAGUUUACAUGGGAAUGAUCUGGUUCUCCCAAGUGGGCUCAAGAUCUGGACCUCAAACCUCUAAAGGGAAUUGAGUAAUUACCAGGUGAUCCGGGGACUCUGGGAACAUUAGAGCAAAUACUCUGUCUGCUUCCCUGGGAGACUGCAAAUCUCUUAGGAGCCCUGUAUCUGAUAACUGGUGUUUUUAUAAGAAGAGAAGACAGAGAAAGACACAGGGAAGAAGGCUAUGUGAAGGUCAAGGUGGAGAUUAGAGUGUUGCUGCUGAAAGCCAAGGGACACUGAGAUCCACUAGAAACUGAAAGGGGCAUGGAAGACUCCUCCUGCAGGGACUUCAGAGGGCCAUGGCUUUGAUUCCAGAUUUCUGGCAGCCCUAGGAAAUGACUACUAUGCAGAGCUGUGGGGCAGUGUGGCUUAUGAGAGCAACCAAGCAUGCACGAUCUUCAUUCCCCAACCAGGGAUUGAACCCAAGCCCCCUGCAGCAGAAGCAUGGAGUCUUAACCCUGGACGACCAGGGAAGCCCUGGGCCUGAGUUAUCUCUUACUGAAAAAUUUAAGAUUUGUGUAUGUGUAUUGUCACUGGGGAUUGAGCAUAAGGAUUUCAAGUCACAGAGAGACAACCACAUGGAGUAUGUAGACAACUGCAUGGUGCUGCAUGGAGCAUCAGCUGAUCAGGAUUCAGAAACUGGGUCCUGGCGUGGGCUGUGGCUAGCCCACUGUGCUGUGGCCUCCGCUUCAUUCAGAUGCUCUGCCUGGGGCUUGGUUUCCCCAACUCUACACUAGGGGCACAUCCUCAUCCAGUGCACGGAGUCCUUGUGCAGAUGAAACGGUGCCGGGAAAUAAUGGGACAUAAAUGUGCGACUGUGAGGCUUCAGCCCGCGAAGAUCUUUCAGAAGCCAGAGGACACCGUGGAAGGAACACAGAGGAGAGAAUGUUCCAUAGAAAAGAGGCUUCUCCAAACGUGAAACUCUCUGACAGGGCAGCCCUGGGGACUUAUAAUUGCCUUUGAUGAGUUAAGAACGGAUUUUAAGAGCCCCAUCGACCAGUGCAACCCUCUUCAUGCGGCCAUGACCACUGCUUCCACGUGCCUGGAAUGGAUAUAGGAAGAAGCCUCGAUGUGAGCAGAGGAAAAGGACCUCGUAUCUGCAGAGUCGGGUGGAUGCUGGCUAUCCACUCCUUGGCUCAGUGCAGCCCACGUCCCAGAGCCAGGCACCAGCCAGGCCUGUACGGAGCCUUUUCCAGAUUCUUCUGGACCAGAACUCAAAGGAUGGAGCUCAUAGUUCAUGCAGAGGGAACGGCUGAGGAACAUUGAGCGAAUAUGCUUCCUUCUGCGAAAGGUGUUCCAGUAAAGCCUGCAGAAUGGCCUGCAGCAGAGCUGGUGCUGCCAGAAUAUUCCAUCCACAGCCUCUUCUGCAUCAUGUUCCUGUGUGCUCAGGAGUGGCUCACCCUGGGGCUGAAUGUCCCUCUACUCUUCUAUCACUUCUGGAGGUAUUUCCACUGUCCAGCAGACAGCUCCGAGCUCGCCUAUGACCCACCGGUGGUCAUGAACGCAGAUACCUUGAGUUACUGUCAGAAGGAGGCAUGGUGUAAGCUGGCCUUCUAUCUCCUCUCCUUCUUCUACUACCUUUACUGGGUCCAGAAGACUCAGAAGCGCUGCAUCUAUAACUCCUUCUGGAAUAACUCAGCCCUGGAGCAUGAUCUACACUUUAGUGAGCUCUUAACUCGAAGACCACGCACUCCACAGAGACUGAGAUGGGAGAGGCCCGAGGCUGUGCAGUCCAUCCUGCUGGUGACGGGAGCAGGGACCAGUGUGGGGAUGUGACAGACAGAGAUGGGCAGAUACUCGGAAUUGGGAGCCGGAAGCAGGCAGCAGCCAGCGGCCGAGCCAGCCCGCUGUCACACGUGUUGUCGCCCUGUGUACCAGUCUUCCGCGUUCGCACCCCACACUUGGCCUGUAGAUCCCUUCUGGGCAGCAGGGGCACGUGGGGUGAUGAAACACGAAACCUCUUCUGAAGGAGAAUUGCUGCUUCCUGAAUCCCCUUUAUUGAAAGGCUCCCUGAAGUUCAUGCUGCGUUCCUGGUCUGUGGGUGUGAUGGCUGGAAGGCUGGAGGGUGCCCUCUGAGGAACUGGGUGACCCAGAGUCAAGGCUGCAUCUGUGGGACAGAUUGAAGAUCUCAAGGAUGUCAUGGACUUACCUGAGACUCUUUGCGUUUCUUCCAAGCCCUGGCCACGCCCUUCACUUCGAUGGGCGGGGCCUGGAAGGUGUGCAGACUUGCCUUGGGCUGUAACCAGCCUUGAGUCUGCAAGGGUGUCUAUUUUUCUGCUCUGCUUUGUAAGAGCCCAGUGAUGUUGGGAACUGAGUUUGGGGGCGGUAUGUUGGUAAAGAAUUAUGGUCAAAAUCAGGAGUGGGGGCUGGGAAGUGGGAAGGGGGGGAAUUGUAGGAAAAAUGAUUUUUUAAAAUACUGAUGACAUGUUCAAAGUGUUAAUUCUUUGCCACCACAAACUGUACUGUUUUGUUGCCAUCCCAAACCAUCACAGGGCCAUUGGAGGCGAGUCAAUUAAUCAACACUAGUCAAAACUACUAACUUUUAAGGCUUCCCAAACAGUCCCGAGGCCAGAAAGAGCUGGUGUGGCAGUUCUGUGCUGUGGGCAUCCGGCUGCUGAGAAGUGAGACAACAUAACUAUAGCUACAUUGAUGAUGCUGCAUCAUUCGUGCUGUUUGGUUCAACACGAGGACAUUAGUUCAUUUAGAAUUUUCCAUUCGACAUUCUCUCCUUCUUGGGUAGGAGUUGUACUCGGGGUUGUAAAUAAUGACAAGGCUGAGAUUUUUAUUAUGUUUAAAUUGGGCACCAUGAUUUUGACCUUAUUCCCCCAGCUUCCCUUCUUUUCUUGUGUUUGACAUACACAGGCUAUUUAUACAUGUACCAGCUUCCAUCUGAAGUCUGUGACUCAGGUUUAUGAAUGGUGUUUGUGUAACAUGUAUUCUGUGUUUAAAACGCUGAGAUUGCUUGAG